GCAGCGCGCGCACCUCCAUGCCGACACCACGGACACGGACACGAUCUCGCGGACUGGGGUGUGAAUUCCGAGCUCGCGCGCGCGCCCGUGUGCUCUGCGCUCCGCUCCGAUGAUGCUGAUGAUAAAAGCGGGGGAUUUAUAUAUACAUUAUUCUUUUUCUUCUGGAUGGAGGAUCAAAGCCGAGUGUGUGUGUGUGUGUGUGUGUGUGUCCACUGACUGACUGACUGGCCUGGGCGGAUCAUGCAUGCACAGAGUCCGGCUCUCUCUCAGUAACGCUCAGAGGUCUUAUUUAUAGAUCAUAAUAAUAAUAAUAAUAAUAAUCAUCCUUCCUGUGGGUUUUAACCUUGAUAUGUAUUGAGGCUUGCGCUGCAUGCAGGAGAGUGUGUGUGACAGGGAGAGAGAGUGUGUGUGAGGAGGUGUUCUGGUGUGUGUGUGUGUGUGUGUGUGUGAUGCUGGUGUAGGAGACUCCAAUGCGCCAUGCGCUCUCUCUCAUCACCCUCACCCUCAUCAGCACCCCUGUCUCUUCUGUCCCCCACGAUCUGAGUCCUGUCUCACCUUAACCUCAUCCUUUCUGUCCUUUUCUCACCCCCCCCCCCCCCCUGCUGUUUAUUCUCACCCCACACUCUCUAUUCUGGCGCAUCAUUAAUCCCCUUAUCAUUAGUUGUUUAUUUUUUUAUUUAUUUUUUUAAGGACUUUUAUUUACAUUCCUAAGACACAUCUGGUGACUCUGGAGACACAUCUGGCGGCGGGUGCGUGCGUGUGUGCGCGUCUGGAUGGGUUUUUGGCGUCUAUAAAAUGGCCGACUAAAGAGUCUGGAUUCUAUUAUUGUCAUUAUUUCUAAGACAAUUUGCAUCCAUCUAUCUAUCUGUAUAGAAACAUUCCUGUUUACACACGUAUAUAGAUAUAGAUAGAUAUAUAUAUGGAUAGAUAGAUUUUGGAAUAUAAAUAUUUGCCCCCCUCCGACUACCCCCCCCCCCUCUACACCACCCCCGGAUGCCAUAAGGUGGGGAUUUUACCCCCCAUGCCCAGCGUGCGCGCUCCAGGAAGAUGGCGGCUUAUUAAACUUUAAUGUUUAUGCGCUCGAGCCCAAAGAAGAGGAGAGAAGAAGGACUGAAGAGAAGAGGAGGAAAAGAGAAGGAGGAGGAUAAUGGAGGACUGAUGCUAAAGCCAAAAGAGGGAGGAUACAGGAGAAAGCCAGACUAAACUGAGAGGGAAACUGAAUUGCUAAGCCCAUCUACUCCUCCUGGCCCCGCCCCAUCUCCUCCCACUACCAUGGCGGUGUCACUGUGGUUAUUGUGGAUGUGUGCCAUCUCACUAAAUUACAUCAAUCCCUCAGAACAAGCUCUGAGCAGGGCGGCGAUGCCCUUCGGUCUGAUGAGGAGAGAGCUGGCGUGUGAAGGUUACCCUAUUGAGCUGCGCUGCCCUGGAAGCGAUGUCAUCAUGAUCGAGACGGCCAACUACGGCCGCACCGAUGACAAGAUUUGUGAUGCCGAUCCGUUUCAGAUGGAGAACGUGCAGUGUUACCAACCAGACGCCUUCAAGAUCAUGUCUCACAGGUGUAAUAACCGUACUCAGUGUGUGGUUGUUGCCGGAGCGGAUGUGUUUCCUGACCCCUGCCCCGGAACUUAUAAAUACCUGGAAAUCCAGUAUGAAUGUGUGCCAUACAUCUUCGUGUGUCCGGGUGCCCUGAUUGGGGUUUUGGAGGCAAGUUUGUCGCAGGAGGCGGAACAUCAGUCAGGGGCAUGGUGUAAAGAUCCUCUGCAGGCUGCUGAUAGGUUGUAUGUAAUGCCGUGGACUCCGUACCGCACGGACACACUGUACGAGUAUGCAUCCUGGAGUGACUACCGACAAAACCGCAUCACCACCACCUAUAAGUUGCCGAGUCGAGUGGACGGCACCGGGUUCGUGGUGUACGAUGGCGCUGUAUUCUACAAUAAAGAACGGACUCGGAACAUUGUCAAAUAUGACCUGCGGACCCGCAUAAAAAGCGGAGAGGCCAUCGUUACCAACGCCAACUACCAUGACACAUCACCAUACCGCUGGGGCGGGAAGUCAGACAUUGACCUUGCUGUUGAUGAACAUGGCCUGUGGGUCAUCUACGCCACAGAGGAGAACAAUGGACGAAUAGUCCUCAGCCAGGUGAACCCAUACACAUUGCGUUUUGAAGGCACCUGGCAAACAGGCUUUGAGAAACGCUUGGCAUCAAAUGCAUUUGUGGCAUGUGGCAUUCUUUACGCCGUUCGCUCCAUCUACCAGGAUGAUGACAGCGAGGCGGGCGGGGAUGUUAUCCUCUAUGCCUAUGACACACAGAGAGAAAGAGCCGAGUCUGUAAGCAUCACUUUUCCCAACCCCUACCAACACAUCUCUUCUAUCAGCUACAACCCUAGAGAUAAUCAGCUGUAUGUUUGGAACAACUACAAUGUCCUACGCUACCCUCUGGAGUUUAGACCCCCACAACCCACUGCAGACCCUCUCUCCACACCACUUCUGUCCUCCACCACCGCACUUUCCCCUGUUUCCACCACAGUAUUUUUGGGUUUCAGCCCAAGCCCCCCUCUCUCGGUGACAUUUAACCCAGCUGGUUCGAAAAACCGGGGUCGGCCCAUCACGGCCUCCGUACCUGUGACAUUGCGCCCACCACGCCAGCCUCAAGGCCGCAUACCCAUGUGUGAGGAACGAGUGAGCCGUGGUGUGCAGUGGCCCAAAACACCACAUGGAGAGAUUGUCCAGAGACCCUGCCCAAAAGGCUCGCUUGGUUUGGCCUCCUACCACUGUCUGGUUGAUGAGGUGGUGUGGAACAGUAGAGGUCCUGACCUUAGUAAUUGUACAUCACCCUGGGUCAAUCAGAUUGCUCAAAAGAUAAAGACUGGGGAGAACGCAGCACAUACUGCUUCUGUGCUUUCUGAGCACACAAAGGGACAGGUGUAUGCUGGAGAUAUUACUUCCUCUGCGCGUUUGAUGGAGCAGCUGCUAGACAUUCUAGACUUCCAGCUGCAGGCAUUACGACCCGCCAACAAGGACUCGGCUGCUCGCAACUAUAACAAACUUCAGAAGAGGGAGAGAACCUGCAGAUCGUUUAUUCAGGCCAUGGUGCAGACAGUGGACAACCUUUUGAGUUUGAAAGCACUGGACUCAUGGCAGGACAUGAACACGACUGAUCAGUCCCACACAGCCACCAUGCUGCUGGACGUGAUGGAGAAAGGCUCCUUUCUGCUGGCCAACAACCUCUACGAGGGGCGCUUUAGUGAACGCGCACCUAAUGUUGAUCUGGAGGUGUAUGUCCUGAAUGCGGAAACGGAGAUUGGAGAUCUGCAUUUCCCACACUCAUAUGACAGUGACAGCACCAUCCAUCUGUCUGAAGCUACAAUCAAACAGUACAGCCGUAAUGGUCAGGUGAAGGUGGUGUUUGCGCUUUAUAAAAAUCUUGGCCAGUUCCUCUCUACCCAAAAUGCAACAGUGAAGUCGGACAUGGAGCUAAAGUCAGGAGGGCGGACCCUGGCUGUCAAUUCCCAUGUAAUCUCCGCCUCCAUGAAUAAAGAGUCCAGCCGUGUGUUUUUGACCGAACCAGUCAACUUCACUCUCAGACAUCUACAGCUGGAGAACCAUUUCGGGCCGAACUGUUCGUUCUGGAACUACUCUGAGCGCACAAUGACGGGGCAGUGGUCUUCUCAGGGUUGCAGGCUGGUACACAGCAACAACACGCACACAACCUGCUCCUGCUCACAUCUCACCAACUUUGCUCUGCUUAUGAGCCGCCAGACACCCACUUACACGGGUGGCAUGCAGGCCCUCAUUCUGUUUAUCGUGUCCUGGGUGGGCAUGGUGAUUUCCCUAGUGUGUUUGGCUCUAUGCAUCUCUACCUUCUGCUGUGUGAAGGCAGUCCAGAGUGAACGCACCACCAUCCACAAGAACUUGUGCCUAACACUCUUCAUCUCACAACUUCUCUUCCUCAUCGGCAUGGACAGAACCCAUUACACUGUGGCAUGCCCAGUGCUAGCGGCUCUGCUGCACUUCUUCCUGCUUUCUGUGUUUUGUUGGUUGUGUGUCGAGGCGGUCCAGCUCUAUGUGCUGUUGGUCGAGGUGUUUGAGAGUCCAUCCUCACGCAGGAAGUAUUACUACACUGCCGCCUAUGGCUUUCCUACUUUAAUAGUGGCAAUUUCUGCCUCUAUUGACUACACUGGCUACUCCAGCCCCACCACCUGCUGGCUACGUGUGGAUAACUACUUCAUCUGGCUGUUUAUUGGCCCUGUGUCUCUUGUUAUACUGCUGAAUCUGGUAAUCCUGAUGGUCACAGUGCACAGGAUGAUCCGCCACUCUAAUGUCCUCAAGCCUGACUCCAGUCGCUUCGACAACAUCAAGUGUUGGACGGUAAGCUCAGUCACGCUGCUCCUGUUGGUGACGUUAACAUGGAUCUUUGGCCUCCUCUUCAUCAGUGAAAACAGUGCGCUCAUGGCCUACCUCUUCACCUCCUUUAAUGCUCUGCAUGGUCUGUUUAUCUUCAUCUUCCACUGCGCCCUGCAGAAGAAGGUUCAGAAGGAGUAUGCAAAAUGCUUCCGCCAAUCAUCCUGCUGUGGUCAUGCUACAUCUGGUGGUUCUCACGGGUCCUUAAAGAGCUCUGCGCUCCGAGGAAACAACCGAUACUACAGCGGAGGCCAGUCGAGACACAACCAGGUGCACAGACAGAGUCGUAUCAGGAGAAUGUGGAAUGACACAGUGCGCAGGCAGACCGAGUCUUCCUUCAUGGCUGACCUCAAUAACACACCCACCCUCAACAGAGGAACUAUGGGUAAUCAUCUUUUGACCAAUCCCGUGCUGCAGACUCGCUCUGGCUCCUCCCCUUAUAACACGCUGUUGGCCGAAACGUUUAACCCAUCCUCACCGGCCGUCUUCAACUCCACUGGUACCUUCAGAAAUUCAAAGGGCACUCUGUCCCGCAGUCGAGAGUCCUGCGGCUUGGAACCUGUUCGUCUGAAUGGAAACUACAACAACAGUUACUCGGUGCACGGUGGAAGUUCGGACCUCCUCGGCAGCGUGGCUGUAGGAGACGUCAGCCCUGCCCUUUUGACCCCCAGAGGGGCGGAUCCUCCAGGAGCUAUGAGGAGGAACCUGUCAGACGCAGCAGCGCUGGAGAAGAUGAUCAUCUCUGAGCUGGUGCAGAGCAAUCUGCGCCCUGCUACCGAUCGCUUCAGCAACAACGCCGAUACCGAGGCGGAGCCCCGGGAGUACGUCAACGCAGGGAUGGGUCACCGGGAGCCGCCACAACGUCCUCUGCCCCGCCCACCACCGCCACCUCCACAGGAUAAAGAAGAACCACUUUACAAGGCUUUGGAGAAGCCGAGGCUUCCUGAGAAACCACGCGUUCCUGAUAAACCCCACGUGCCGGAGAAGCCGCGCCUCCUGGAGCACACCCAGUCAGUGUUCUAUCAGAGCGAAGAGGAUUCAGAAAGCUUUUCGGCCGAGAUCACAGACAGCGUGGGUGGACUCGGACCUGACUCCUCCUCCCUGUACGCCAGAGACAGAGACUCUUCCUAUCCGGACAGCAGCCCAGAGGGUUUGGGAACUGAGCCACGUUCAGCCCUGCCCCCUGACGAGUUAUACUUCAGCACAGGGAGACACACCCAUGUCUCUGCCUUCUACCAGCCCCCGUCACGCCGGACCAAUGAGGAGGGUCGGCUGGGGCUAGACUCCUCCCACGGAGAAGGCGAUGGACAGAUGCAGCUGGUGACGAGCCUGUGACUAGGGCGCUGGUGACCAGGACAUGGAGAUCUAGAGGAGGAAGCAGGAGGAGUGAUAUUAUCAUCAUCAUCAUCCAUUACUGUAGGAGAGUACUACAGAACUCUAGUUAGUGGUUCAAUCAACGACGAUUUGUAAGAAUAUCCUUGGUGAGAGCCUUAUAGAUAAACCACUAGAUUUCUCAACUAGGUAUUUUGUUUAGUUGUUGCCCGACUAAACCUCUGCCACUCCAGGAGGACGAGAGCUCACAUGUAUCCCCUAAAACUUAUAAAGAUUAGGACCACUGCAUUUUAGUCAAGAUUCCAGUAGCAAAGGUUCCACUAGUGUGGUCAGUGGUAUCAAGACUGGCAUCAAUAGAACUGGGGCUAGAAGUUGUGCUUGGGAAUUGUUUCCAGGACCUGAAUGUCCAAUGCCACGUGGUUGUCCUCCUACCUUUUUUGACAUAUGACGUCAUUUGAAGGUUGGCAUGUAUCACUGGCCACUUGGUGUGGAUGGUAUGUGAUGGAAUGGUGUAUCAGGGGGUAUACAAGGGGUAGUCCUGAUUUGAACUUUAACUCAAACUAAUUAAUCAGACAUGGUCUAAUUUGUCCAGCAAGUUCGUUGAUUAACCAGAUAAGAUGGAAAUCAAACUGGGACAAGAACCUUUUUUGGCUGGAAGUGCUGAUAUCCCAUGAUAGGCACAUGUGUGGAGUGAGAUUAUUCCUACAAUAAUCAGGAACACCCUGGAAAAGCACAUUUACCAAGAACAUGUUGAUAAUGACGAUGAUGAUGAUGAUGAUGAUGAAACAACAAAUAAGUAGAUUAUGAUGGCUUCCUCCUCUGAGUCUCUGUCUCUUGGUCACCUCCACACCCACCCUGUCCAUCUUCACUGCCAUUCAUCAACUCUCACUUUCUGUAUAUUUCCGCAGCUGAUACUCUACUGUAUAUCCACCUGUUUGUCGCUUCAUGUCUCAUUUUCUUCCUGUAUCCUUUCAGUCUCUCUCUCUCUCUCUCUCUCUCUCUCUCAGGGUGGAGUGUUGGAUUUGCAUCUUGGUUUUUAUUCAAUGUAUCGUUCGUUUGUUUGUUUUUCUGUCCUCAAACCCCCGUCGGAAGAAUGUGACGCCUUCUCCAGAGACAACAGAACAAAAACUUUUGACAUUGCCAAAAAAGAAAAAAAUAAUAAUUAAGGAGCACACACACACACAUAUAUAUAUAUAUACACACACUCAAACACUCAAACACUGACUCCUUUUUUGCGUUCCUAGUGUUCACACUGAAAGGCCUUUCUCAGGGGUCAGGGGUCAGAUAUUAGUAAGGCCAUGACCUUGACCAAGGACCUUAAACCGGUCUGCUUGUUUAGUUUGGACCGAACUUUUAGGCACUGUGGACCAUCGGAGACGUCUCCUUGACCUAUCUGCUUCUUCAGUUUUGGACAAGCCAAACUCCGCCCCUUUUUCUAGACCCAACAAGGAGGCGUGAGCGGUCUGCCGUCGUGUAUCUGGUGUAAAUAGCGGUAAGAGAAUGAGAAGUUUCAGAAACUGCUUCUUGUAAUAUCUACAAAAAGAAAACAAAAUCACAUAAAAUGAUGUGUAGAAGACAUGAAUGAUGCUCUGUAUCUUUUACUGGUCCCUCCCUCCGUCUCUGCCUCCCGCUCUUUCUUUUCUCCCCUCCUUCGGUCUUUCUGCCCCUUUUUGCUCCUUCUCCUGAGAGACGGCAGAAGGAUGGGAUUUUGUUAAAGACAUAGAAAAGAAAUGUGUUUUUAUUAAAAAAAAAAAAGAAAAGAAAAAAGGAAAA